AUGUUCAUGCCUUUUAUCUUCGUCCUAGGACAAAAGAAAACUGGGAAUAACAAAUCAAAAUUCCGAGGCAAGGCCGAAGUUAUGAAUCUUAGCGAGGAAUACUCAAUUGAUGAGUUGGACGUUUUGAUCUCCUGUACAUCAACAAGUGCGGAUGGUGAUGCUAUUCGCAAAUUUAUGCAAACAGAAGGUGUGAAAGGAAUACAGGGUAAACUUGCAGAGUACUUGAGAGUUCUGAAAGAAGAAUACAGCCAGAAUCUGAUUUUGCCCACCAAAAAUGGUCCGAACGUCGUUCAGUCACAAGAUUCAUGUAAACCGAGCGAUGGGACUGGGAAUCAAAGUCACACAGCAGCUGCUGAUAUAGUCAGUCGAAAACCGAAGGAUUUAUCUGUAAAGAAACUAACGUUGACAGAAGAGUUUUUCUGCACUCCAGAUGAUUUGUACAAAGUAUUGACAACUAAGGAGUUGGUCCAGGCAUUUACUCGUGGCGAUGCUGAUGUUGAGGCAACUUCAGACGGAAAAUAUUCCAUAUUUGGUGGGAAUAUCACCGGCGUUUUCGGCCUCCUGACUCCUGGAAAGACCAUCGAAAUGCGAUGGCGUAAGCGUGAUUGGCCCGAAGAGCACUACAGCCAGCUAUCUCUGGAACUGAGUCCGUUCGAGGGGGGCACCCGUCUAAAUCUGACGCAAACUGGUGUGCCAGGUUACGAUUUGGAGAACACGACAAACGGUUGGCGGUCAAACUUCUUCGCUGCUCUGAAACAAACAUAUGGUUAUGGAGGUCGAAUGUUCUAA